UUUCACGUCAAAACAAUCCGGAAGACGAUACAGCGUGACUAUUGCUGGAACAGAGACGAGGUCAAGGCUGAAACAAAUGCAACUCUUUUCACAUCUACAACCGCAUCUAACAAUGCUGUUUAGCAGAAAGCAGAUAUACAAACGGCCAGUAGCUGCUUUAUGUUAGAACUGAAGUUCACUUAGUCCAGGCUCGUGUUUUUGGCUCAAAAUCCAUGUUUACGUAUCGUAGCUGCUUAUAAUAAAGUAGGGUAGCUGCCCGCAGACUGGUUCAGUCACCAUGGGGAAUGGAAUGAAUAAGGUUGUUAAUGGACUCUACCUUGGGAACAUAAGAGAUUCAGAAAACAGAGACAGUUUGUCUAAAAAUGGCAUCACCCACAUCCUCUCUGUGUACAACAAUGCAAAGCCAGUAUUUGAGGACAUGACUUACCUUUGUAUUCAAGCAAAUGAUGCUUCCAGCGAGAACCUAUUACAGCAUUUCAAAGAGUGUAUCGGUUUCAUCCAUGAAUGUCGCCUGAAUGGUGGAGCUUGUCUAGUUCACUGCCUUGCAGGUGUAUCCCGCAGCACUACCAUGGUGGUGGCCUACCUAAUGACAGUCACACACUACAGCUGGGAGGAGUGUCUAUCUGCCGUUAAGGCUGUCCGCUCUUUCGUUGGGCCAAACUAUGGCUUCCAGCAACAGCUGCAGGAAUAUCAGACUACACAAGUCUCAGAGUAUCGAUCAUGGUUACAGUCCAGUUUCCGUCCAAGUCCAUUCAAUGACCAAGAGCAGGUGGGUUCCCUGCUGAGACAGUACACAGAACAACAGGAAAGUCAGAGAGGACCCGACAGGCGCUGGAUAAAUCAGGAAAUGGGAGUCUCUGGUCUGCCGUCCAGCACUGAUCAUCCUGAAGGCAGCAGUUAAAACAUGGCUUUCUGGCCAAGGUUGUCCACAGUGGUAUUUGGAGCUGUCAUUUCCAAAUGAACCCCAAGCCAUUUCCAACAUUAAGCUCUUUGAACGGCUCUAAAAAGAAUAAAUUAAUUAAUAAAGUGUGUGCUACAUACUUUAUUUUUUAUUACCAGUACCUGCCACUAACACUACAGUCACAACAGGGGUUUGGUGCUGAAAUAUGCCUUACUAUAAACUGCCCCACACCUUAGCCACACCUCGUGUGUAACAUGUUUUUUGUGGACUUGUUCAGCUGUGUAGCCUUAAAGAUAUGACUAUUUAUUUCUAUCUUAAUUGAACAUUUUGCCUUCAGUGAAUUAAAUGAAAAAAAAAUCUUAAUGUUCACUGGUAGUAGAUGAAAUCCACAACUCUUCAACCACAUUUUGAAGUUGUUGUCCAUGUGCCACUUGUUAAACUCUUAAAAUGAAACUAUAAUGAAACAUGCAGCUCGUCAGGUUAUGUUUGUUCGCUUGACAGCAUUGUAUACAUCUCACUGUAGGAGCUACUGCUCACUUGUCAGAUAUAUAAAAGACUACUGAAAUUUUAUGUACAGGAGUGUCUUUGUCUCAUUGAUGGAUCUUUCCAUAUGAUUCCCAGCUUUGUACACAUUUUACUGUACCAAAUUCUGGUAACCGAAAUCCACUGUAGAACUUAAUGUCUUGAUUAUAAACUGGCUGGUAAAAAAUGUUUGGUUGCCUUGUUACAAUGACAAAGAACACAGCAAUAAAGUUAUUUGUAAUUUGUCAGCCAUUAGAUAAGGCAAAUGAUGACAUUUGCAAUUGGGCUGCCUGAGUUGCUCAUAGAGAAAUGAACAUUCAAGACGAACAGCUGAGUAACAAGUAAGCUCUAAACUGGCAAAAUGUUCCUUUAAGUGAAACAACUGAAAUGGAAAGCUGUAUCAACUAUGACUGGGGCUUUAGAUGUAAUUACUCUAAAAUCCAAAUGCUAAAGUCUUCCUGAUUUUACUGAAGCUCUGAUUUAUCAUUUUUAUUAUGACAAAGCAGAUUUUUAUUAAAUAGUUUUAAGUUUUGUUAUAUGAUUGUGCUUUGAGUAUUUAUGGUUGUUAUCUUUGUUUUAUAAUUCAAAGCAUUUAUUGACAAAAAAUGUAAAUACAAAUAAAUCAGCACUAUCAACACUA